GACUCUAUCUAGGUUCAUCAUCGAAUCUUUACACGGAAUACUAUAACAUGGCUGAAGCGGACUUCGAUUUCGAUUCCUUUUUGGAAAGUUUACAAAAUAUGGACAAUGGAGAAGACGAUGGUGCGAGCCUGAGCGACAUACUGUCAGGAGAAUCUAAAAAUUGUGCGGAUGAAAGGAACGUCACAAUGUCUGUCUUUAUGAUUCUCAUUGUUAUCGUUGGAUUGUUUGGAAACGCCAUUGUAUUUUUCGUCAUUCUUGUUCUCAAAGAAUACAAAAAAUCUGUAUCAAACUGGUACGUUCUGCAGCUUGCUCUUGCCGAUACUUUGUUUUUGCUUAUGCUCCCAUUCACCGCUUCUGACACACUUGCUGGACAAUGGGAUUUUUCACAAACACUUUGUAAAGCAAAAGAAGGAAUAUUAUUUGUAAAUUACUACGCAAGCAUCUUCUUUUUGACAAUUAUGAGUUUCGAUCGAUACAUGGCUGUCACAAAAUCGGGAGUUUCGAAAUGGGCCGAUAUUCUCAGGAGGCUAGACAGUGCAGCAGUCAUUUCUCUCGUCGCCUGGUUAAUCAGCAUUUGUCUUGCUGUUCCAAUCUAUCUCUACAGCAAAGUAAAUCUUUGCAAACAAUGUUCAUACGACUUCCCACUUACUGAUAUUGAACGAUGCACCCAGGCUGGAAUCAACGCAACUUCAUGUCCUGAAUGGAUUAAAGGAGAAGAAAACGCGACAAUUGGUGGAGGAUUAACAGAGGACGAUUUUAUAAAAAUAUUUGACGAUGAUCUAUUCAAAAACUUCACUGACCAAUUAGAAAGCGACUCUGCCAAAUACGAGAAUUUAUGCCGUGAUGAAACAACUCCGUAUAUGUAUCGUGUAUGGUUGUAUUUGAAUUUAUCUCUUCUGCUCAUCCUCCCAUUUGUUCUGAUUUGCGGAUUCUACGGGAUGAUUUUACGCACCAUGAUGGGAACAACUGUUACUGCUAGCACGAGUCAGAGACAAUAUCGCCGUAGGGUAACAUUCAUGGUUCUUGCCCUUGUGUCUUUGUUUGCCGUUUCGUGGGUGCCAUGGUAUGCAGUGAUGAUGGCUCGUAUUCCUGGGUUUCCUCUAAGUCCAGAAGGAUGCGCCAAACUUGGGAAUUUCACUAGAAUACUGUCGUAUCUAAACAGUGCUUUGAAUCCUUAUUUUUACAGCUUCAUGGGAUCCAGGUUCCACAAAAGAUUUCAGAGGGCUCGCAAUACUGCCAGCCGUAAAUCCCGUCUUUUCAAUUUCUUAUCUCGUGUAUCCUGGACUGGCCACGAUCACAGCAACAGUACGGGAAGUGGAACAGGAAGGAAUAUGCAUGGAAGUGGAAAAGACAUGAAAAUGAGAAACAUAAACGGACAUUCCGACGAUGAAUCUUUCAACACAAAAAGCAAUUUGCGUACUGAGCGUACGGUAGUCGACACUCAGUGCAACUUACCAGAAAAUUUAAGAUCUUAAAUAUACUGUUUUGGUCUCGAUCAACCUCUUUGGUAUUCGAAGGUCGCUUAUUCCAACGUGAUCUCUUGAAUAUAUCCUCGUUACAUCGUUGUUUGUACGUAAUGAAACGAAAAAAUAAGGGUACGAAGUAUGUGAACCAAGAUGGCGGACACCUGGACGUAGUAUGUACCAGGUUAGGGUUAGGCCAUAAUUCCAGGUAUAAAUACUACGGGAGUCACUUGGCUUCCUCAAACUCACAAUAGAACUAAAAUAAGGAAAAUUGGAAUGAAAUUAUGGCCUAACCUGGUACACAUACAACGUUCCAGUGUCCGCCAUCUUGGUUCACAUACUUCAAGAGUACCAAAAUAAGUACAUGAGAUUAAGGGUAAAUGAGUAAAUUUGUUUCGAUUGUGUGAAACUAAAUUUUUCUAUAUUUUUGUAUCAUAUCACAGCCAAAGACAUUUUCAUUAUUGUUAUUAAUUUCGUCAAAUUGAACAAUCUUUAAAGAAGAAAGCUGACAAUUCAUAAAAAUUGCAUUCUUAACCACUUUCAUGAAAUGACCUCCUGCGCAGUUAAUUCACUCAUAUUGCAUUUGCACAUUUCGGCCUGCAUGAUAUCGAUCUACUAAGCUUUGAGAUAUAUUAGCGAGAUUGUUUAGACUUUUUAGCAUACGUACUUUUUAUUAGUUCUGAAAUACUUCUUUUUAACAUGACCAACUUAUAGAAAGUCUUCAGUCAUUAGGAGCAUUACUUUGUAAUACAAUAUAUACAUAGAGAAAGAAUUCAAAGAACACUCGACGAUAUUGUUAAUUUUUUUAAAAGUUCAUUUAUAAUAGUUUAUAUGUUGCUACGAAACAAUUAUAACGAUGUACGAAAUAUGUAUGUAUUUUCAUAUUAUGCUUUUCCAAUGAUCAUUACAUAGGUGUAAGCCUCGCCUUUCUUCUCGUUAAUAAAUGUAAAUUUUCGAAA